CUUGUAUUUCUAUAUAAAGUCCUACAAGGUUGAAUGCUCUAUUUCCUAUGCAUCUCUGUUCUAGUGUUGAUUUGUUCCUACUUCAUAUUAAGAGAUGGCACUAACGGGUAAGCUUAGCACUGAAAUUGCAAUCCAGUCACCUUCUGCAAAGUUCUUUGAUUUCUUGGCAAAGAAACUCCACGAUGUUCAAAACGUCUGUGAAAGAGUGCACGCCACCAAGCUGCAUGAAGGUGAUGACUGGCACAGUGUCGGUGGUUCGGUCAAACACUGGACUUAUGUCAUAGAUGGUAAAGUAACUAGAUGUAAAGAGACUAUUGAAAGCAUUGAUGAGGAGAAGAAGACAGCCGUAUACAAACUCUUUGAUGAAGAUAUCGAUCAACACUAUAAGGCCUUUAAGCUUAUCUUGCAAGUGAUUGAGAACAAUGAUGGAGGUGCUUCGGUUAAAUGGACAUUUGAAUAUGAGAAGCUCAAUGAUAAUGUUGAAGCUCCAUAUGGCUACAUGGAAUACUUUGACAAAUUUACUAAAGACAUCGAUGCUCAUCUUCUCGCGGCAUAAGCUACAUCGAUCAAUUAGGUAGAAAAGGUGUUUGGGAAUAAUUAAGUUAAUAAAGUGUGUAUUUAUUUAAUUAAACUGCGUGAAUUUAAUCAUGAAGAAUAAUAUAGAUGCAUGUUUGCAUCGUCUGCUAUCCUUCGUUUGAGUGGAUUAAUAAUUGAUUUGGAUAUGUUUAUGUUAGUGUUGAAUAAUAUUUCUUUUCUUCU